AGUUUAAAACACCUCCAGAGCCCCCCACACCAACUCCCCUCGUACAAACCGUCCGCCAUGAGCUUCUUCUACUUCGCCGUGUGCCACGUGUGCAAAAACGAGGGCCCCACUUUGAAAAAAUGCGGCAAAUGCAAGCUAGUCCACUACUGCAAUCAAGAGCACCAGCGCCAGGACUGGCGGACCCACAAAGACAUCUGCAGGGUGAUAACCGAGACCAACACGCUGCUAGAGUUCUCCGGCGAGGGCCCCAUCGAGUUCAACAAGUUCAAGAUCAUCACAGCGGUUCUGUGGCACUUCGAGCUCGGACGAGACCUCAGCGUGAGCGAGCACGAAAUGUGGAUGUUCCCCAAAGUCUGCGCCGUCUGCUACAAGACUGCGGUGAACAUCGUGUGCACCACGUGCUGGAGCGUCGCUUACUGCAACAACAAGCACCGCAUGCUCCAUGAGAAGCAGCACAAGGAGUUCUGCCAGAAGCUGAAGCUGUGUCUGGAGAUCCACCAGAAUAUGUUCAACGAAGAGCCGGAGUGGGAGCGCAUGAGUUUUGAUUUUAGCAGCUCUGUGCUGAAGCUGCCUGAUAAUAUUUGCGACGUCGUGAAGAUAAUCAAGUUUAAGAGCAACAUCGACUAUUGGAGAAAAGCGAUGAACUUGAUUCUGAUGACGGAGUUUUUUUGUUCUGCGGUCAAUGUAGUUUACGCUUUGGAGAUGUGUAAGUUCGUGGAGAAGCGUCUGGGUAAAAAAAAUAAGAUUGUUAUUCAUACUACGACGAUGGAGAUUUGCGAGAACAUGAGCUGGGGGGUGCUCAUGGAGUUUUUGGCCCAUUGGAUUUAUAAUCUGAAAGGAGUUAAAAUUUACGUGAUUAGUCCUAAUUUGAAUGAAGAGCACCGCUUGUCGUUUACGCUCAAUUGUGACGCCUGUAGGAAAAAGCGAUUCAAUUCUUCGGUGGUAUUUCUUAAGGGGCAAUAUCACGAAUUUACUGGUACAAUUCCGCGUCCCGAUUUGGUCGUUAUGUUUAAUGCAGCUCUCCCGGAUGUGGGUACAGUUGAGUGGAGCGAAACCGUCCCUAAGUUUUUAGCAUACAAAAAUGUCCCCAUCCUUCUCACUUCUUAUACUAUGGAAGAGUUGAAAAAGUCCAUCAGUAAAUUCCCUUCACCAUGGAUCAAGUCCUAUCUCAAACCUCAACAAAAUCUGUAUGGUAGCUUGAGACCAGUCAGGAAUUCUGAGGAAGGGUUUGAUCCUGUUGUCUACCGCAACAGUUUCAUGUCAAUUAUUGCAAAAAGUAAAACAUAAUUUAGGUUCACGUUCGUUUGUCUUAUUGCAUAUAUUUUAUUUUUAUUUUUCAAGUUUUCUUUGUUCAUUAAAAUACUACAUUACUACCACAAUU